AUGAUUCGAUGUAUCAACACACAGAUGGCGGCACAACUCCUGAGAAUUGGUGAUGCAUGCAAAGCAUCUUUUUAUCGCUCGAGACAAUAUACUGAUGUUGCUCUGCAGCAUAAAUCUUACAUUUUUUAUAGCCUUUUUAUUGCUCUAGAUCUUGAACAUAACUUAACCCGAUGGACUUCUUUGUGUAUGGAUGGUUUUACACCUUUGGCUGUCGCCUUACAACAAGGACAUGACCGAGUUGUUGCUUUACUCCUCGAAAAUGACACGCGAGGUAAAGUACGGUUACCUGCCCUCCAUAUUGCGGCGAAGAAAGACGACAUUAAAGCGGCAACUUUGCUUUUACAGAAUGAGCACAAUGCAGAUGUGACCUCAAAAAGCGGAUUUACUCCGUUGCACAUUGCCGCUCAUUACGGCAAUGAAAAUGUGGCGCAGUUGCUGCUGGAAAAAGGAGCAAACGUUAAUUAUCAAGCGAGACACAACAUUAGCCCUCUUCAUGUUGCAACAAAAUGGGGUCGAGCAAAUAUGGUUUCAUUACUGUUGGCCCAUGGUGCCGUUAUUGACUGCCGAACUCGAGAUCUCCUAACCCCGUUACAUUGUGCAGCUCGAUCUGGGCAUAGUCAGGUUGUUGACUUGUUGCUAGAAAAAGGAGCUCCAAUAGAUGCAAGAACUAAGAAUGGUUUGGCGCCGCUUCAUAUGGCCGCUCAAGGUGAUCAUGUUGAAACUGCUAGGACGCUGUUAUACCACAGAGCUCCAGUUGAUGAUGUGACGGUUGACUAUUUGACGCCACUACAUGUUGCUGCUCAUUGUGGUCAUGUUCGAGUGGCAAAGUUACUUUUGGAUCGUAAUGCAGAUCCGAAUGCCAGGGCACUCAACGGUUUUACACCUCUUCAUAUUGCGUGCAAGAAAAAUCGAAUAAAGGUCGUGGAAUUGCUGUUGAAAUAUCGUGCCGCCAUUGAAGCAACCACUGAAUCCGGUCUAUCUCCUCUUCAUGUGGCAGCUUUCAUGGGAGCUAUCAACAUUGUUAUCUAUCUCCUUCAGCAAGGUGCCAAUGCUGAUGUUGCUACAGUACGUGGUGAGACUCCCCUUCAUCUUGCUGCUCGCGCUAACCAGACUGACAUUGUUCGAGUUCUUGUUCAGCACGGCGCAAAGGUUGACGCGACUGCUCGUGAGUUGCAAACACCACUACACAUUGCAUCGAGACUUGGCAACACUGAUAUUGUAGCUCUUUUACUACAAGCUGGUGCUUCGCCUAAUGUUGCUACUCGAGACCAAUACACUCCCCUUCACAUCGCUGCAAAAGAGGGACAAGAAGAGGUUGCAGCAAUGUUAUUAGAUCAUGGUGCUGAUAAAUUCUUGUUGACUAAAAAGGGUUUUACUCCUUUACACUUAGCUGCGAAAUACGGGAACUAUCAAGUAGCAAAAUUGCUUCUUGAAAGAGGAACACCUGUUGACAUUGAGGGCAAGAAUCAGGUCACUCCUUUACAUGUUGCUGCUCAUUAUAAUAAUGAUAAAGUUGCUCUGCUUCUUUUGGAAAACGGUGCUUCAGCACAUGCUGCAGCCAAGAAUGGAUAUACGCCUUUGCAUAUCGCAGCUAAGAAAAACCAAAUGGAUAUUGCUUCAACGCUUCUACACUAUAACGCUAAUGUAAACGCUGAAAGUAAAGCUGGUUUUACACCACUGCAUUUGGCGGCGCAGGAAGGGCAUCGUGAAAUGUCAUCGUUAUUAAUUGAAAAUGGGGCCAAUGUUUCCGCGCAAGCGAAAAAUGGGCUUACUGCUAUGCAUUUGUGCGCUCAAGAAGAUCGGGUUAAUGUUGCUGAAGUUCUUGUGCAGCAGAAUGCUGCGAUUGACUCGCCAACGAAAGCUGGAUAUACGCCAUUACAUGUUGCAUGUCACUUUGGUCAAAUCAACAUGGUACGGUUUUUGAUUGAACAUGGAGCUCCAGUAUCUGCAACAACGAGAGCUUCAUACACUCCAUUACAUCAGGCUGCUCAACAAGGUCAUAACAACGUUGUAAAAUACCUUUUGGAACACGGGGCAAGUCCAAAUGCACAGACUUCCUCGGGGCAGACACCUCUUUCAAUUGCUGAAAGGCUAGGUUACGUGUCUGUUGUGGAAGCUCUAAAGACUGUUACUGAGACCACUGUUAUCACAGAGACCACUACUGUUACUGAGGAGCGUUACAAGCCGCAAAACCCAGAAGGAAUGAAUGAAACAAUGUUUUCUGAUUCGGAGGAUGAAGCUCUGGUCAAUCCGGAGGACGCUUCACAUUUGCGUCCACUAACACAAUCGCCAUUACUGUUCUCAUCUUCUGACGAUCAUGAUUUAAGUUUCUUCCCCAAUUACACUUCAAGUCCGUACCAUUCACCAGCCGGACCUAUUGUUCACACCUCGUCACGUGAGGACAAUCAGGUUACUGCAAACGCUCACAUCAGGGAUUUCUCUGAAAGCUUGACUCAAGGAUUACAAGAUUCUACAGGAGUACAUCUGAUCCACACUGCUGAGCCUAUGUUAUCUCGUAGUCCUGAGAUGGACGCCGCUGAUGGUGAUUUGGAAGCAUUAAUUGCAAAAGCGCAGGUGCAUGAACCAGUCGCUACUGCAAUGGCUGAUUCUACAUUAGAUAGUACGGUUCCUGAUAAUGUUAUUAUCACUCCGAGCACGGUACAGCCGAGUUUCCUUAUCUCAUUCUUGGUUGAUGCUCGCGGAGGAGCCAUGCGAGGUUGUCGCCAUUCGGGAGUAAGAAUCAUAAUACCCCCACGGAAGACUGCCCAGCCGACAAGGAUCACUUGUCGUUACUUACGAAAGGACAAGUUGGCUCACCCGCCACCCUUGAGCGAAGGCGAGGCUUUGGCGUCACGUAUUCUCGAAAUGUCUCCUCAUGGAGUUCAAUUCUUGGGUCCAGUAAUACUAGAAGUUCCUCAUUUUGCUUCACUUCGUGGUCGUGAACGUGAGAUAGUUAUUCUGAGGUCAGACGAUGGACAGCAUUGGAGAGAGCAUCAGUUGCAAGCAACGGAAGAUGCUGUUCAGGAGGUUUUGAACGAGUCGUUUAAUGCAGAGGAACUUUCACAGUUAGAUGAUCUUCAUACAUCACGGAUUACUCGUAUUCUUACUGCUGACUUUCCCAUGUAUUUUGCUGUAGUCACUCGCAUUCGCCAAGAAGUCCAUUGUGUUGGACCUGAAGGCGGUGUAAUUUUAUCAACUGUCGUUCCAAGAGUUCAGGCUAUAUUCCCUGAUGGGUCUUUAACAAAAACAAUCAAGGUCUCGGUGCAAGCACAGGUGGUUCCGCAAGAGAUAGUGACGCGUUUGCAUGGGAAUAGAGUCGCUGUUUCACCUAUUGUUACUGUUGAGCCCAGAAGGCGGAAAUUCCAUAAACCAAUAACAUUAUGCAUUCCUCUUCCACAAAGCUCAAACAAAGGAAUGUUAACACAGUACAGUGGUCAGCCAGGGCACGACCCACCAACUUUAAGACUUUUGUGUAGUAUAACUGGCGGUUCUGCUCCUGCGCAGUGGGAGGACAUUACUGGAACUACGCAGUUGACUUUCACCGGAGAGGACGUCUCGUUUACCACCACUGUUUCUGCUCGAUUCUGGCUGAUGGACUGUCAGACUCCAAGGGAUGCUGCAAGAAUGGCGCAAGAAGUUUACAAUGAAGCGAUUGCAGUGCCAUAUAUGGCGAAAUUUGUUGUAUUUGCGCGACGUACAUUCCCCACGGAGGGACAGCUAAGAGUCUUUUGUAUGACGGACGACAAGGAAGACAAAACACUUGAAAAGCAAGAACAUUUCAUUGAAGUUGCGAAAUCGAAGGAAGUUGAAGUUCUAAGUGAGCGGCAUCAGUUUCUUGAAUUUGCCGGCAACAUAGUCCCAGUAACCAAGAGUGGCGAUCAGUUGUCUCUUUAUUUCCUUCCUUUCCAAGAGAACCGCCUAGCCUUCAUGAUCAAAACUCGUCAGCGUGAUGACGAGGAAGCUUCCACAGGUGGAAGAAUCGCUUUCAUGAAGGAACCAAAAACGCGCGCCGAGUCGCUCCCACCACAACAGCCGCUUUGUACACUUGCCAUAACACUGCCUAGCUAUACUGGUCAAGAGUCUCCUGUAGUGCCCAUUCCGACAGAAACGACACCGUCCAUAAUGUCGAAAUAUUCUUACGCUUUAAACGAAGAGGGAGAUCCUGAGGGCCUUCCUUUGACUCAAGUUUCGCGGUUGAUAGGUGCGGAUUGGCACCGGCUGGCUCGAGCUUUAAAUGUACCGGACAGUGACAUACGGCUAGUUCGGCAACAGCUAGUAGGCAGAGAGCCAAUAUCAGUUCUUCGAAUUUGGCAUACCCUCGAAAAAGAUGCAGCAACACCUGAGGCUUUGCGAAAUGCUCUGCGUCGGAUCGGGCGUGAUGACGUCGUCAGAAGGAUUGGAAGUGACGAAGAGUCAGUGGAUGCUGAUGCUAGUUCAAUGUCUUACAUUUCUGCUCCAUUAUCAGCAACCUCUGCUGUCUUGCCUGCAACCGCCCUUUAUAUUGGGAAACAGACGUUACCUGAAGAGCACAUUGUGUCCGUUAUUCAGAAGCCUGAACCUGUGGUGAAAAACGAAGCUUCCGAGUCAGUCUUUGCCCCUGCCACUGAGAGGUAUGAGCUCUUGGACAAGGAGCCAGAAAUGGAACCCUAUGCGUUACGGUUUUCUACUGAAACUGCGUAUGAUGAAAGUAAAGCCCCACAGACUAUUUCGCACCCAGUGCCGGUUGAAUCAUCUUCUCAGGGACCGGGAUCUUUGCCACAAACUGCCGACGAAAUGGAAGUUCCUGCUUCGGAGAUACGAACUGUUAGGCGAACUGAACGGCAUGUUCAUGGUACACCCGAUGAACGUACGAUAAUAACAACUUAUGAAGAUGAUAUUCCUAUAAACGAAGAAGUCACUGACCAUACUGUCCCGCUUAAUGAUGAAGAGCGAGAAAAGUGGAACAGAAUGUUACAAGAAGCCCAGGACGAUGUGCAAAUUCAGGGCGUCAGAGAUGAUUUUCGGAGAGUUUCUGACCAAGGGGACUCUAAUAUAGAAAAACCUCAGUUGUUAUCGUAUGCACAUGAACUUCCGCAUGAAGAUGUUACAACGGUCUAUUCUAAUGCCGACAGUACGAAGCCGGCGAAAGAAUUUCACCGUGUUGUUCGUGAACAAAUUGAGACAGAUGAUGGGACUGUUGUAAAAACAACGGUUGAGACGAGUCAUGUAAUGAGGGCAACCCCAGAAGAUGAGUACAUUGUUAGCGAACCCAUGGAUGAAGAAGAAGGGACUUCUGGUCCAGGAGUUUACGGUCAUGAAGAACCUUCAGAAAGAAAGCACAAGGGAAGUGGAGAUGAAGGCGAUGAGGGCCACGUUAUUGAUACCGAAGGGAUUCCUAUCAUACAGGGAUAUGCUGUAACUGAAAAUGUUAAUUCUGGGGUAACUGAAAGGGAGAUUUCACCAGAGGUUCGUCCAAGGUUAGUAGAGUCCGAAACUAAAGUCGCUGGAAAUCUUGAGACUUCUGAAAGUACUAUAAAGACUGAGACGGUAGAGACUAAAUUAACAGAAUCUUCCUUGCACGGAAGUAACGAGGAAGAUGAAAAGAUUACGGGUGACGAUAAGCCAAUCGCAAGCAGUGAGCAAUUUGAGCGUAAAAGAACCGCUUCACUUGCUGCUGCUCUCCUUUCCGCAGAGCACGCCCCCGGUCAUAAAGCCUUUGUACACUUUGUUAGACCAUCUGGUGAUUCGACCCUUAUAGAGUGUGAAAACGCUGACGAUAAUUCUGAAAAUCCAUUACCAACAGCUGAAAAUAUAAUCGCUAAUCUAUUGCGUACAUUAAAAGUGCUUGAAAUGAGCGAUACUGAUCGCUAUACAAGUGCAUUGCAACGUUUGCAAGAUCUAGAACAAGAGCUGCGUGCUGCUGGUGCUAUAUGUCCUCCUGAUUCCAAAAUAUUAGAUUCUGUUGCUAAAGCAAUAUCUGAUGCUCAUCCGAACGCAGAUGUUCAAAUUCGCUACAAUACUUCUCGUCACACUAAAUCAACUAAAACGGUUUUUGAAACCGAAACUCCUGCCAUGGAAGGUUUAGAUGCCCAAAAUAUUCAGCGUCUUCACCAACAGCUUAUCGACAAUCUAAUGACUGAUCAAAAGCAUGAAAGUGCAGCAGAGGGCUUCACCAGCCAGGAUGGAUCGGUUGUUGUUUCGAAGAAAAUGACGCGUAUCGUAACUACAACAAAAACAACGAUUCCUGGCGACCUGAUACGACUAAAAGUGAACGAACAAGUUUAUUCUGGCACCGUUGACCCGCAGGAUCAACAUAUCCAUCUUGUACCCAUCAUUCAGGACUUUGCACAGCCACAACAGCAACAGCAGCAUCAAACACAGCAACCUCAGUAA